AUGCCGGUGACGAUGUCAUCAAUGAUUUGUAACGUGUUGCAUGGUGGAGAUCGAACUGUAGCGGGAGAAGAUUCCCCAACUCAGUCAUCUCCUUCUUCAAGAACCAUGAACGACGGGUUUAACCACACUUUUUCAACGAAUCGAAGAAAAUAUUACAACUCGAUAUCUACACAGUCGUCUUCCUCAACUACGACUUCUCUCGACAGGAUAUCAACCUCCACAUACACGUCAUCAGUAUCCUCAGCUUCGGAAGCGUGCAUGUCUAGGGCUGAGAAGGAUGUACAAACAAUGUUGGUAUCAGAUGCAUCAGUUGAAGGGGAUGAUGAAAAAGAAGAGAACGACAGCGACAGCUAUGAUUAUGACGACGUUGAGUCCGAUACGAUGGGAACUGAAGAGGAUCACAUGGGGGAUGAGGAUGCUGGAGAACACGGAGAGGGAGAUUCAAUGGAACCAUGGUCUUUCGCAAUGGGACAACAGCGUUAUAUGAUCAACUCAGUUGGAGAAAAGGCGCCAAAGUCAAAUGUAGAAUCGAUGGAAGACUGGGAAUUAGAUGUUGUUGAGAGAGCACAUCGGGAUAGCCGUCUGGCUGAACUGUAUUCUGAUCUUGCUUGGAGAUUUUAUACACAUCCUCCGACAUCUUUCUGUCUGGCGCGAGUAUUUAUGCGUCAUGGAUUAUCUGGAAAUGAGGGUAUAACUGUGUGGAAACUUCCGCGCAAAACGAAUCGACGGGAUUCCAUUUGCUCCAACGCUUCGUCUGCGUCUGAUGUAUGCUCGCCUGUUCUGGACGAAUCUACUCUCACAAAAGUUUAUCCAAACGAAGAAUUCCGCGGAGGACCAGGUUUAGCUUCUCCAUCUCCGCCAGCCGCUCUCCUUUCUGAACCACUAUCUCGAAUGGACGUUCUGAGUGAGAAGAUAUGGGACUACCAUAACAAAGUGUCACAAACGGAUGAAAUGUUGCAAAGGAAGCUUCACCUCCGUGAUAUGCUUUAUACGGCUAUCAGUCCUGUGUUCCCAUUAUCUGGAUUGUAUGUGGUUGGGUCUUCUUUAAACGGAUUCGGUAACAAUUCUUCGGACAUGGACCUCUGUCUGAUGAUCACAAACAAAGAUUUGGACCAGAAAAAUGACGCGGUUGUUGUUUUGAAUCUCAUUCUAUCCACUCUACAGUACGAGAAAUUUGUGGCGAGUCAAAAACUGAUUCUGGCGAAAGUUCCAAUUCUUCGGAUAAAAUUCGCGGCACCAUUCGACGAUAUCACCGUUGAUUUGAAUGCUAACAACUCGGUUGCUAUUCGCAAUACUCAUCUUUUGUGCUACUAUUCAUCAUAUGAUUGGCGUGUUCGUCCAUUGGUCUCCGUUGUCAAAGAAUGGGCAAAGCGUAAAGGAAUCAAUGACGCCAACAAGUCGAGUUUUACCAGCUAUUCACUUGUAUUGAUGGUUAUUCACUAUUUGCAAUGUGGUACAGAAGCUAGAGUUUUGCCUAAUCUACAACAAUCCUAUCCAACUCGUUUCUCAAAUAAAGUCGAUGUGCGUACUCUCAAUGUGACAAUGCCACUGGAACCGGUUCAAGACGAUAUCGACCCAUCAUUAUCUGAGAAUACUACUCUCGGAGAGCUCCUCAUCGGAUUUCUUGAUUAUUAUGCAAAUGAAUUCAACUACGACCGUGAUGCGAUCUCUAUUCGCCAAGGGAAAAGAGUGGAAAGAGCCGCGCUAGCUGUACGGCCCAAAGUGCAUCUGAGUAGCGAAGGAGAGAAGGAAGCACCACUUCCAUCAUCAUCUGCCUCAUCUUCAUCUGUUCACAAUGGUAUUGGGGUUCCGAUGCAUCAUUCACUAUCAAACCCUCACUUCUGGAGAUCACAGUGGCGAUGUGUUUGUAUAGAAGAACCAUUUACGAAUUCCAACACAGCCCAUUCAAUAUACGAUGAAAUGGUAUUCGGCGCCAUCAAAGAAGCUUUCCGUGAGGCUCAUAGCGAGUUACAAGACAAUCGAGACCUGGACCGUUUGUUGGAAUGCGAACCAAUAAAGGCGUCUACAACUAAUGCAGGAGCAGCUGUUUUUGCUGCUACAUACGAAGGAGAACGCCCUUCGGCUCAACAACCAACCUCUAUUGCAUCCGCCAGUCUUCGAACAAUGAAUGUGGUUCCAACUCCAGCGGGAGGAGGUCAUUAUCACUACCAGCAGCAAUCGAGCCAACAGGUGUUAAAACAACAGAGAUCUGGGAACAAUCAGAGUUAUCCAUCGAGUAUUACGUACUUUAAGAGCAACAACCGAUCAUCCAACAGUAACCAGCAACAGAACCGACGAGUGUACAACAGUCAGUCUGCAUUCAAUGGAAGUGGAUCACGCCCGUCGAAAUCCAGCGACAGCUUGAAAGAUUCUACAUCUAAUUCACAACAGAGUCAUCGUCAACAUCAUCAUAACCAGAGAAGCAACGCAGGCUCGACAAAGGAAAACAUAGCUUUAACCAGUGGCGCCACAUCUUCUACUGAUAGAAAGAAUUCCACCUCAAAGAAGGAUGAAGGAAGUAGAACGAAACGGUCAUCUAUGAUUCAAUCGCCUGAGCCAACGAAGGCAAAAACCGAAAAAACGGCAACGACUCAAAAGAAAGAAUCCCAGUGA